UGUUGUUUUAGUUUACUUCAUAUGCAGAAUUGAUGUAUUUCUAUCAAAUCUCUAUUCCAACUCUAAGUCGGAUCCAUUCAAAUUUAUGUUGUCGUGUAACCCUUUAUUUGACUUCGGUGAGAAACAUUACUAACGUUGACUUACGACUCCCAUGAUGCCGUCGUCUUCCUCGUCAUCGUCCUCAGCCCUCAUGAAGCGGCCACGCCCCCAAUUCAAUGACAUAUUUUCCGACCCAUUCUUCAACGACGAGACUGCGGGCGCACCCAAGCGACACAAAACCAUCGGGGAACAGCUUCGCCGCCCCGAGCGGUGGAUUUUCCCGGGAAGAAGGGACCCGCGCGUGGAAACCGAAAAGGGCAGCCACGACUUCGAAGCAGCCCGGGAUGGUUAUCAUGCGAGUGAUGCCAAGGGAGAAGUGCUCGCGCGCUACGGUUUCAACCUCGCGCUACGAUGCCACCCGCAUCCCUGCGCCAUCUCGGAGACCCGCACCACGCACGUGGCGAUUCCGGAGGACUUCGAGCUGCGUGUCCCUCGGGAAUUGAUGGAGCGCGGGGUUUUGUCGUCCACACAGAUCGAGACCAUCACCCUAGCGGCGCUACGGACGGCGGACGUAAAGGCGCCCGCGAGCACUGCUGUCGUGCUGUCCAACGGGAGCGACGCGGGCAAUAAAGUUAUGGUUUGUGUGAUGAGGAGGCAACACGGGCCUAGCGAAGCGGCCCGGGGUGCCGAGGAGGGAACACAAAGCGGAUUUUUAUAUAAAUAGUAUGCUCUGCCUCCGUCUGUCGCCACGGUCCCGGGAAGACCUUAAACUCGAGGCCAUUCAGUUCACAUUUUCAAGCUUUCAUCUAGGCCUGCUGCCGUUUCGACACUCUUCACUUCAAUCUUUCAGCUCGUCCAGCCUGGCUGGCCAACAAUGUACCGCCCGUUUUCAUGGCUGGCCAAUGUACUGGCUGGUAUCGGUUUCUGCCCGUUUUUCAGGGUAUCAGUUUCUGCCCGUUUCAGGGUAUCAGCUCCUGCCCGUUUCAGGGUGUCAGUUUCUGCCCGUUUCAGGGUAUCAGUUUGUUUCUGCCCGUUGCAGGGCAUCAUUUUGUUUCUGCCCGUUAUCAGGGUAUCAGUUUCUGCCCGUUUCCGGGUAUCAGUUUCUGCCCGUUUCAGGGUGUCAGUUUCUGCCCGUUUCAGGGUAUCAGUUUGUUUCUGCCCGUUGCAGGGCAUCAGCUUGUUUCUGCCCGUUUCAGGGUGUGAGUUUCUACCCGUUUCGGGGUAUCAGUUUCUGCCCGUUUCAGGGUGUCAGUUCCUGCCCGUUUCAGGGUAUCAGUUUGCUUUUGCCCGUUGCAGGGCAUCAGUAUGUUUCUACCCGUUUCAGGGUAUGAGUUUUCUACCCUUUUCAGGGCAUUAGUUUGUUUUUGCCCGUUUCAGGGUAUCAGUUUCAUCUGCCCUUUUCAGGGUAUAGACUUCUGCCUGCUUCAGGGUUAUCACUCAGUUUCCGCUCGUCUCAGGGACCGACCUCUGCCCAUUUCAGGGUAUUGGCUUGUGCUCGCGUGAGGAUAUCUUUUUCGGCCCGUUUCUGGGGCCAGUUUUCUGCCCGAGUCAGGGUAUCGUAUCGGGCUUCUGUUCAUCUUGUCGGGCUUGGGGAGCGCCUUCUGUUCAUCUUGUCGGGCUUGCAGUAGCCGCACACAAAUGCGCUACGUCUUUCAAUGCCUUCCGAAGCCCCUUGCGAUUGCUGACGCUGGCCUGCUGCUAGUCUGUAAAUGUAUCAAUGGUCAAACUACCCCCCCUGCGGGCGUCUGAACUCGAGCCAUUGGCAAGGCUCUACGGUACGAGUCUGCUUGCGUCUGCUCACCAGGCAGUAUGAAAGACGCCUGGCGGAUUCUCUUCACGUUCGAUACUCGUCACGACGCCGGCCUCUGUGUGGGUCCUGUGUUUGCUGCUGCGGCACAAAUACGGCGACCACCAUUGGAUGGUGUAGUGACAGCUCGUUCGCAUUCCUCGUCUGCGCCGGCCUCAACAUUUUCCACGCGGAUCGUGUUGCGCAGCGAAGGUUUUUGCAGCAUAGUGCAACACCUGCGCACUACAUUUUGUUUCGUGUGGCCUGGGCUGUUCGAUACUUUUGCCCUGAGGUUUUGAAGUUUCUUGCUUCGUGCCUGGUUCUAUUGCCGUUGGUGGGCCUCGCUGCGGGCGCUUGCAUCUAGUUGAUGACCUUCGCGGAAAUUGGGUAUCUGCACCGUCUUGCCUGUUGAUGUAGCGCCUGUGCGCCGUCUCUUGGAGGCCUGUUACCGACAGCAUUCUUGUUGCUGUUCGUUCUAUCACAUUUCCUUUGGGUGUGUUUUUUUUUUUCAAGUUGUUAAUGCUAGCAUUCGCACACCCGUACCUGCGCUGACGCUGACCGAGGGCUUUAUACACGUAGCCCGCGUCUGGUCCUGAAAAGCCCCUGUGGGUAUUUCUGUCUCUCCCGUCGCCUGUGUGCAGAUCAUCAAAUGGUCUUUCCUACCUUCAUCUAGUGUCACACGGCUGCGGAUGCGCUUGCCGCUUACCUGCUCCAGAGCCUGUUUCUCUUGUAAAUUCUUUGGAAAGUUCCGUAGUGCGCGACGGGCCCUCAAAUCUAUUCCUCUUUUCUUUUUCUUUGUGCUUCUGUUGCUCCGUAUUAAAGCGAAGUGAUGCUUCUUUACUGCUAUACAUGUCGCAACCCGCGCUGUGGGCGCUCUUCGCUUUCAUACUGCGCAACCUCGCACCAACGGGCCUCUCUUGCUCCGCCAUCGGGGUUGUCAGCUUUUUCGGUCUGGCGACCCGCGUUCGCUAGCUCGGCCCGUUGUUGUCUCCGACAGAUUAUGUUAUAAAGGCGCCCGCGAGCACUGCUGUCGUGCUGUCCAACGGGAGCGACGCGGGCAAUAAACAAGUGGGUAAGCACAAGGGGCCGCUACAGAUACAGCAAAAGUUACCUGCGACCGACACCCCGCGAGACAAAAACUACACCAAAGGCUUUUUAAUUGGCGAGGGCACGGGCUGCGGUAAAGGCCGCAUGAUUGUCGGAGUGAUGCUGCACUACUGGAAUCACGGACACCGGAGGCACGUGUGGGUCAGCAAGAACCUGCCACUGUACCAGGACGCGCUUCGGGACAUGAAAGACAUGCAGGCCCCGGAGCAAAUGCGAUUGAUCCCAGCGGCCGAGUUCCGACGCAUCCAGCGUAAUCAUGACUGUGGCGAUGGUGUGGUGUUUGUGAGUUACCAAUGGCUCACGAAGAAGGACAACAAGGUACUCCUUUCUGAAUGGUUCAACAGGAAUCACAGGCACUCCGGCGGAGCUAGUGCGAAGGGGGCGCAGUCCAACCAGCCGUCUUCAAAAGCAGCUUCCGGGAGCUCCUUGCUCGACCCUUCGAAAGGCGCCCGGGAAACGAUACUUCCCUCGCAAGACGAACAAGGAACUUUUUUUGGCCGCGGCGUCCUCGCCUUUGAUGAGGGUCACGCAGCGAAAAACUUACGCCUUCAAUACCUGGGAACAAGCGAGAUAGACGAGUUGCGGAGUUCGAAGAAUGGUACGGAUUUCUGUCGCUGAAAAGCUCCUUUGACGAGGACACGAAAACCAAAUUAUUUUUUGUACGCGUAUGAUUCAACGACGACAUGCAUGAUAAUGCUUCAUAAUCAUUUUCCCUAAGGUAUUGCGGUGUACGAAAUCCAGAUGUCUCUGCUGCAGGGCGCGCGGGUGUUAUACGUGUCUGCAACGGCAGCGACAGAGGUGCAUGAUCUGGCCUACAUGCCGCGACUCGGGGCCUGGGACAACGCAGGCUUCAACACGUUGACCAACCUGCUCGACGGCCAGGGCCUGCCGGCGAUGCAAGCGUUGAACUGGCAGCUUCGUGCGAGCGGCGCGGCGAGCUUCCGUCGGCUCAGCCUGGAUGGAAUUAACUUCGACCUCGUUGGCGCCGACGGGGCAGCGGGAACCACCUUGUCGAGAGAGUUGUAUGGCAAGUGCGUGACCCUGAUCGAAGACACCUGGAGCCUGUUUCUGCUGUUUUUCCAGGCGAAUUCCGAGGCGUACGUGGCUAAGGCCAUGCACCGCAACCCGAUGCGGUUCCGGUUGCUGAAGGAGGGCUUUGCGGAGGUGCUGCUGACGGAGUACAAGGCGAUGUGGGCCGGCUGCAAGCAACGGUUCUGGAAGCAGUUCGUCGUGUGCGACAAGCUGCCCACCGCGGUUGCCCUGGCAAAGAGGCUGCUUGCGGAAAAGAAGCAGGUGGUCAUUUCCCUGUGGGCCACGGGGGAGGCCGCCGCUGAAACGGCGCGACAGCUGCUAGCGUCGUCUUCCUCGGGGGAGGGAGGCGCAACCGAAGACGAGGUAGAUGACGACGCAGCUUCUUCGCGGCCCAGUCUACCCGCCGAUGACGAGGAGGACGACGGGUUUCUGGAGGCUUUUCAAGACCCCACCCGACCCUUUUCUCUCUGCGAGGCCGCGAUGUGCAACUUUCUGCGCAACCAUUGCUUCGAUUCCUUCGAUUUGGAAACGGGAGAGUCCGGGUUGAUAAACGAGCAAAACGUCCGGAGUCAGAAGGACCUGAUGGAAAGGUGGCGGGCCUUACAGCUUCCGCAGAACGCACUGGACCAGAUCGUCAACGAGUUCGGUCCCGACAAUAUAGCGGAAAUCUCUGGUCGCCGGCGGCGCUUCAUCAAGCAACUCGACGCGGAUGGGGAGAGGAUUGUGUACAGGCGCGAAGAGCGCGCCGCUCCUGACCAAGCAAACCUUAGCGGCAUUAAGGAAUUCCAGGAUGGCACGAGGAAAAUCGCAACUAUCACGGAUGCCGGCUCCACGGGUGUCUCUUUGCACGCAGCGGGCCGAGAUGCCGCUCCGCGACACAUGAUCAUUCUCGAAUUUCCCUGGGCGGCCGAUAAGUUUACGCAACAAAUCGGACGCAUUCACCGCUCUGGCCAGAAUAGGCUGCCGUCGUACACGCUGGUGAAGUCGCAGUACGCUAUCGUGGAUGCGCGGUUCGUUUCGGCGCUCGCGCGGCGGGCAAAGUCGCUGGGAGCCAUCACGAGGGGACAAACUGAAUUCGGUCCGUCCAAGCUGGAUGCGCUGCUGGAGGAGAACAACUUUGCACACGAAUUUGGCGAACGCGCGGUAGAGAAGUUGGUUGAGGAGCUAAAAGGCACGUACCCGGAUAUGAAGCAGUCCUGCGACGUGAGAUCCAAGCCGGGAAAUAGGGCGAGAAGCAGGGUGACCCGAUUUUUCAACAUGUUGCCCUCCUACCCACUCACGGAACAGGAGGAAAUUUAUCAGCGCUUUCUGGCGAUCCUGGCAUCGCUCGAGUCCGCCCCGAUGCUGAACCACGACGGCACAAAAACGCUCACGUCGCCGAAGAAAUGCAAAAACCAAGUUGCGGAUCUAUCACCCCCGCGGCCACUGGCUGCGGCCCAGAGCAGCAGCAGUGGCGAGAGUGACCUAGAAAAGGUCCGCGCAGAUCUUGCGAAAAAGAGCAAGGGCGUCCUGAAAAUUAAACGACGGGAAAGAGUGGCAGAGGAACUUGCUCCAUUAAGCUAUGUCGCUUCAGUAGUUUGCGAUGAACCCCUGCUGGAACAAGCGCCGGACUUCAAACUUGGGGGAGAACACGCCCAACAACCCGCAGAGAAGAACCCGUCCCCUGUCACACCUCCAAAUAAGCCUGAUGCUGCGGCCGCGCCGUCACAACUUCGCGCACCGGAUCUCAGUGCGUUGAUCCAGGGUGCCACGACCAUUUUUACAAAAAGUGACGCGCCACACGCCUACUGGUCUGAAAGCAAGAAUAACGAGACCGGGGCGACGGUGUACGAGGCAAAGUUGCUCUGCGGCUGUUUUCUUCCAUUUUUCGUCGACAUCUACCGCGCCCUCUGCGAAAUCCCGAAUUUUGAAGUGCGGUAUUGCCGCUUUCGCGACACGGUCACCACCGGCGCCACGCACUGCUACGAGUACGGACUUCUGCUGCCCACCUCGUGGACCCUGGAUACGGUACGAGGCGUGAUGGAAACCGCAAAGAGCCGGAAGACGGGCGUGGUCGAGGAGAAGUUGGCGGGCACGCGGGCGCACCGCGCCCGGAUGGACGGCGACCAGAAGCAACUGCUCUCCGCAGAGCUGGACGGCAUCAAGCAGGCCGGGGGUCUAUUCAUUGAAGAGGACUUAGUUGAGAUUCUGGAGGCGGACGGAAAAACAGUGGACUCUGCGUACGUGGGGAUAACCUGCAAGGUCGUGCAGGGAUCUACGCCCGGGAACUGGAGCAGUCCGAUCAAGGUGCGGAUUGGGAACCUGAGCGCCGAUGGCUCGGUGCCGAUGGCGGUGGACAAAUCGCCAAAGAUGCUGCGACUCUGCAGGAACGGCUUUGGCGAGAGGCUCGGGACAAGAGCAGCUGCCGCCGGUGGGAAUGGCCUUACUGCCAAACAGCCGGAUUUUGUGGCGAAGGCGCCGCGCGGAGUGAGUGCGGUGCUGUUCACUCCGCUGAACGUGCGCUUCUUCCGUGUGGUGCAAACGCUUUGCUACAGGGAGCAAGACCUGAAAAACAACCCACCCGUGAUAACGAACCAAAUCUGGAAGCAGCUGAUGGAGUCUGAUCAGUACUUUGAAGGCCGCACCGCGGACCAGAUGCGACAGACGUGGCGGACAAUCUCCAAGAUAGAGGCAAAAACGAAUAAUUGGGAAAAAUUUUGUCUGCAGAAAUCCAGACCUGGACUGAAGGCCAGUAUCAAAACGUGAGCGGCGAGAGCAAUUACUUCUACGAAGAUUUUUCGCUAGAAGACGCGACAUUGAAGUACAGAUCCAUCGUACUUAAACAAGACUGCUAGAGAAAACAUGAAAUUCAAGUCUCUCGUGAUGCAUCAAAGUUCUUCAUCGCUGUCACCAAGAUAAGUGGCUGCACUACCGUUUUCCCCGCGACAAACAGCAUGACGCAAAUCAAUUUCAUAUCAUCGUGCCACGAACUGACACUACCACAAAUUUUUCACUGCGUUUAAGCUGCG